UUUUACUUCACCCCUUUACUUUAAUCGUUCUUAUACUUUUGCUGCUUCUUUUCAUUCCAGUAAUCGAAAUUGUAAAGAAGUUACUGAUCUCAAAACCCUAGAAGACGCUGUUUAUACGUUUAAUCAUAUGUCCCGUCGGAAUCCUGUUCCCCCUAUUCAAGAAUUCACUAAGGUUUUAGCUUGUAUUGUCAAUAUGAAGCAUUUCGAUGCUGCUAUUUCUUUGAUCACACAAUUUGACUUGUUAGGCGUCAACCCUUUUCUGAAGCCCACCAUUUAUGUUUUCAACAUUACAAUUAAUUGUUUUUGUCACUUGAAAAGAGUGAACUGUGGAUUCGCUGUGCUAGGGAAAGCCACAAAACUUGGUUAUGUACCCGAUUGCGCUACGUUUAAUACACUCAUUAGGGGACUCUGUGCCAAUGAUAAGCUUCAUCAAGCGAUCAGAUUAUUCAAUCAACUUGUGGAAAGCAAGUUUGAACCUAGUGUAGUAACUUAUGGAACAUUGAUGAAUGGUCUUUGCAAAUCGGGAGACACUCAUGCUGCUAUUCUAUUGCUUAGGAAGAUGGAAACGUCGAUAUCUCCACCUGGGAUUAUCCAGUACAGCACCAUCAUAGAUAGCCUCUGCAAGGAUAAACAAUUUGUAGAGGCUUUGGAUCUUUUUUCUGAAAUGAAUAGGAAAGGCAUUUCGCCAAAUGUUGUCACUUACACUUGCUUAAUUCAGGGUUUGUGUAGUAUACGCUCAUGGGAAGAAGCAAUGAGAUUGUUGAGUGAGAUGCUUGCUCGAAACAUCUCACCAAAUGUACACACGUUUACUGUCUUAAUGGAUGCACUAUGUAAAGAAGGGAGGGUGAUUGAGGCACAAAGUUUGCUGAAAUUGAUGAUCCAAAGAGGUGUGAUGCCUAACACUGUGACAUACAAUACACUGAUGGAUGGUUAUUGUUUACUUGGAAAAGUGGACGUUGCUAGAAAAUUCUUUGAUUCUAUGAUUGACCAUGGUUGCAUGCCUUCCAUUAUCAGUUAUAACAUCUUAAUCAACGGUUACUCUGAAAAUGAAAAAAUGGAUGCAGCCUUCAGUGUUUUUCGUGAAAUGUCUGAGAAAGGUAUUGAUCCUAAUCUCGUGACAUACAACAGUCUUAUUGGUGGUUUGUGUCAUGUCGGCAGACUUGAGGAGGCGCUUUUGCUUCCGGCUGAAAUGAAAACUCAUGGUUUGGAUCCAGAUAUCUUCACAUACAAUACUAUAUUAGAUGCCCUUUGUAAGAAUAGAAAACUGGACGAGGGCCUAAAUUUGUUUAACAUGCUGGAUGGUGAUGGUCCCCCCCCUGAUAUUGUUACUUGCAAUUGCCUCAUUGAUGGUUUGUGCAAAUCUGGGGAAACUGAUACUGCGUUUGGGAUCCUUUCAAGUCUCUCGGCUAGAGGCUUGCAACCUAAUGUUCGUACAUACAACAUCAUGAUUGAUGGAUUCUGUAAAAAGGGUGAGCUCGAUAAAGCAAAUACAUUGUUUCUAGAAAUGAAAAGAAAUGGUUGCCCUGCAGAUGACAUUACUUAUAAGAUAAUGGUACAAGGAUUUCUCCGAGCAAAUGAGACAACCAAGGCUGCUGAAUUUCUUAGUGGAUCGCUUGAUGCUAGUUUCUCUGCAGAUGCAAAUAAGUUGCUAAAUAAGUUGUUCUCGGAUGGGUUCAAUGAUUCUCCCAACUAACCCCUUGAAAGAGAGAAGUCUUUUGGAGUCCAUCUUCUAUAUCCAUUGCUAGAUACUAUAUUCAGUGAAAACUUUGCAAAAGAUUUGAAUGCCAUUUUUUAAAAAGAUUGUGCCGAGGACUUGAGGUUUAUAAAGAACACAAAUAACACUAUAUUGUGCAAGGAAUGUGAGGUUGAUAAAAAAAAGACCAAGAUGAAACCUUGAUGAGAGAGUUAAAACCUACAUUGAGGAAUAUACUAUGGCUCAGCAAUUAUGUUAAAAAAACUGUUGUUGUGAGCCGAAAACUUAAAUCGACCUUGAAGAUGAAGGAUUCCCAGAAAGGUCUGACUAAUGAUUGUGUUUCAAGUUGGUACCGGUGCUUCAAGGCAGCAAUGAAAAUAUGUGCGUUUUUCUGUCCAAAACUCUUUGAAGGCUGCAAGAGCAACACAUGGUUGACCGAAUCUGUUUUCAAAGGGAUAAACGGCUAUUGACAUGAUGAACCCACAAAAAAGUCGUCCACUGCUGCAGUUCACAAGCUUGGCUCACGUCUCUGAACCGAAAACACUCGAGUUCGAAACAGAUAAAUUUAUUUAUUUCACACUGCAAUUUCCUCUCGGUUUCUGUCUUAUGCAAUGAGAAUAACAUUCAUACAGCACAGGUGUAAACAUAGUCUAUAGAAUUUCAUAUUCACUAAGCUCUGAUCUCACUUGGCUUUCUUGACCCUCUACAGGAGGCCAAACUUACAAUCUUUCUUCAACCCAAUGGAAGGAAGAUAAAACAUAAUUGAACUGAUGAUAAGACUCAUGCAAGUCUUAACAUUUAUACUUUUGUCAUUGACAAAAUCAGUAUCCCGGUUUAGAUCCAGCUUUUUCCUAAAUGUGUGGUUAAACACAGACUAUGUUUAGCUUGCUGUAAAUAUCAAAGAUCCCUUUUAAGGGACAUGUGGAAAGAUGGUUUAAUAAAUGUUUAUGUUCAAAGGUCCAACCUACUUUUUGUUGGAUGUCACAUUUUAACAGAUUAGGGCCUUCUAUCCAAUCUACAUUUUGUUCUGAUUUGGGUCCAAUCCACAUGUCAAUCAUUCUUUUGUAGAUCGGUUAUCCAAACUUAAUUGAAUUGUAUCGGUUUAUAUA